AUGCCCAGGCGAAAGAUCGGCGCCGACCUUAAAGAGGCGCUAUGCAAGCUGUACGAAGCGGGCGACAUCAGCGCCGACACAAUCGAAAAGCAUGGCAUCAUGUCGAGAGCCACUUUCUUCCGUAAUCUGAAAAUGUACAAGACCGGCGCAAGUCUCGAGCAGCGACACAGCACCGGUCGCAAGACUAACGCCGACAAGCUCAAGGAGAACGACAAACGCGAGCUCGACGCGCUCCAUCCAAACCAUCUCUCCCAUCUGGAAUUGGUGCUACUCCUGGACCAAGACGAAAAGAGCACAAACACAACUGCCACGCGUAGCAAGGUGAAGGCCAAGGCAGCAGUUGCAAGUUCCAAGAGAAGAGACGCUGUACCAAGCAACGAUGCCGCUCAGACAGCAGACGACUCGGCGUCCGAAAGCGAUGCCGAUGUGGACGAAGAGGCAGCGCUAGCAACGAAGCAGGUGCUCGUAAAAUUGACGCUAGCCGCGCGCAUGUUUCUGGCGUCGUCCAUUAGCGACCGUGAGUCCAGCACUGGCUCCGAUAGCUCGGCUGAUCUCCGCUCCUUGUCCAAGCCGGAAGACAGUCAGUACACGCAUAGCAAUCGCGGUGCCCUCUUCAUCGUUCGUCGCAGAGGCGAGAGGAGCGUUGGAGACCAGCAUCAAGGCAUCGUAGCGGCAGUAGCGCUACGCUCGCUCAUCUGGACACCCGAGAUCUACCAAGCUUUGGGUCCCAGCUAUGCCAGUCGCAGCAUCGACAAAAUCUGCAAUCUCGCCCGAUUGCGCGUCGAUCCCUUGUGGCAGCGUAAAGGCAUUGGUCGGUGGCUCGUCCGCGUCGCCGAACUCAAGGCAUACAAGCUCGGCUUUGCUCAACUUUACACCCAAGCGGACACCAAGAGUCUCGAGCUGCUGUCUUUUUGGAAGAGUGUUGGGUUUAACGAAUUUGCCCGUGUCAACCAAAUUUCCAGGCUGGAAAAGGCGGUUGCCGUGCCGAGGGCAGCGUCCAAGGGCGAGGCUUCGAAGCGUGAUCUGUCGUCGUCGCCGUUCGGUUUGAAAUCGACGGAUGGCGCCACAGAGUCGGCCUCUAAAAAGCAGCGCUUGGACUCUGCCCAAUCAGCAGAUGGAGGCAGAGCGGACUCGGAGCUGUUGGCAAAUCCGAACGCACUGGAAAUCGACCCCGCAAUUCCGUCGGACCCGUCCACGGUGAUGGUGUCCACCACCCAUCCGACCGCGCCCGCCUACACCUCGGAUAACGCCGUUGCCGUAGCGAUGGAGCCACCGCCGCGAAGGAUCGCAUUCUACGACACAAGCUCAACGAGCAGCCGAUCGUUUGCAUAA